AUGGCCCAAACGUAUUGCUGGACGCCUCCGCCGUCCCCUCGUCUUCGCCCCCGCUCGCGAUGGACGCACACGAAACAAGGUCACGAGCACGCGUUCGCACUCGAGCUCACGACCGCUCCUCCCGCGAAUGGGUUCAUUACACCGCAGGAUGUCGCGUUUGCAAGCCCGGAGCCCCUUAGCGAAUCACGUUCGGCGGAGGAUGGCGAGGUGGCCGAACAAUCCACAGACACAGUGGUCGAACAUCAAGCCCAUCGGAUACCCUCACCACCACGCUCACCAGAACGUCAUGAGGGUCCGACCGGCGCGAUGCCCACCUACUUUCGCGAGAUUCCGAUCUUGCCUGUGCCUGGCGUCUGGGGCGCAAGACCAGGAAGCAAGAAGAUACAGAUGUUGGACUUGUCCAUCGAGCUCGAUGCCAACAACGCGGAAGCUGCGGACAGGUGGUCUGCGCAAGAUACUGUUCCUUUGGAUCAAGAAUUGGAGGCCGGCGAAGUGUGGUUUGACCCAAGGGAAAGACAUAUCGUCGUGAACCUUGUUUCUCUCCCGGCGCCGGUUGUCGCGACACUCCUCGACAGUAUCCCUCCAGGUUCAGGCCCGGACGUUGUUGCUGCCACCGUUGCGUCGUAUGAGACGGUAUGGCCCGCGAGGGGCAAGGUUAUCGUCGAAGUCAACCAUGACGCAGAGCUACUCCCGGAGAAGAAGAGAGUUUGGGUCUAUGAACACAUUGAGGGACCGUUGGAUAUCACUGCGUAUCUACGGUACGGUUCAAACACCAUCAGAAUUCUGCCGCUGGACAGCAUGGACGAAUACGUCUUUUUCCUGCUGGCGCGAUACCCCACGGCGGAGGAAACCCAACUCGCCGAGCAGCAGACCGAGUGGCGCAGGUCUUUGGGCAGCAUGCUGCGACGCACCCCAGUCAUGACCUGA